AUGCCGGAAGGCCUAGAUCAGUUGCUACCCCUCCUCCAACAACCAAAAACCCGGAGCCAGAAGGCCCUGAGAAAAACCCUGAAAGGCACAGCAACUCUCUCCAAUCUCCUUCCCACAGGCACAACCUUCGCCUUCUCGCUUCUCUCUCCAGUUUUCACUAACAAAGGCCAAUGCAUCAGCUUUCUCAAUCACAUCCUCACCAUAAGCCUCCUUGCAGUCUCUGCGAUUGUGUGUUCCCUUUUAUGCUUCACCGACAGUGUUAGGGACCCAAAAGGCAAGGUCCGGUAUGGAUUCGCCACGACUAAAGGGCUGUGGGUGAUUGCUGCAACGGUGAAGCUCUCAGAUGCUGAUGCAAAGAAAUAUAAGUUGAAGGUGAUCGACUUUUUGCACGCAUUCAUGUCGGUGCUGGUCUUUGCAGUGGUCGCAUUUUUCGAUCAGAAUGUGAUCAAGUGCUUCUUCCCAGUGGAGUCGGAGCUGGCCAAGUGGCUCCUAGAGGUCAUGCCUUUGGCAGUCGGAGGUGUUUGUACCGGUUUCUUUUUGCUGUAUCCAACCACGCGCCAUGGAAUUGGCUUUCCUCUUUCACGUGAGAAGUAG